CCUCAAGACAUCACUUCCUCAGUAUAGUGGCCUGAUAAUGCUUACCCACCCCCCUACACUCCUUUACCGAACGAUGCGGAGGGGAUUGCGAUGAGAGAACGUCGUGGUCGUGGAUACUCAACAUCGGAUAAGUCAUCGGGAGCGGGCCUUGUGCAGCAUAUCAUACGUACACGGACACACAAGAGAAUCUAUCGAAAACUCCUCUUUAGACCAUCUGCCUUGGUCUCUUGAUUCAGACUCCAAUCUUUACCAUCGGCGAUUGCCAAUAUCAAGCCAUUCUUUAUCUGAACAGUUGUCUUCAUGGCGUCAGCAUUAACACUUUCGCAUCCUACGAAUACAAUGUCCACCAUGACUACCCAUGUGAAUAUGGCGGAAGCACCGAGUCUGGGUCUCUCGAGUCAUGAUGAACCUAUGCUCGACGAUUCGGAUGAUUCCUACAUCAAAAUGGAAGAAGACGACGGUGAUGAUGACUCUUCUUUCGCCGGACAAGCCUCUACCCUGAGAAGUCUUCAGCUCGAAAGCGACAACCGUGAUUCACCCAAUAGUUCCAUGACUUCAGCUUCAAUCGCUCCAUCCAUGCCUGAACAAAAGGCCAAAAUGAUAAGCAAAGUGGAAGGAAAAUCUGAAGAAGCCACUAACAACGUAAGCCCAUACAUGUUUUUGAAAGCACCUUCGACCUGCCGGUCCAAAUCAUCAAUCCCUUCCCGACUAUCCCCAUCCGAAUAUGCCAGCCAAUGCGUUGCGGCGGCCGAAGCAUCGAGGCUCGAUCCUUAUGCAUUGCAUGAAGAUGAGCAUAAAUUACUACAAGAUAAAUUAUGCUAUUCCCACGUCAGUGUCUAUCUCAAUAUUCGAAAUGGAAUUUUGAGGCUGUGGGCUCGAAACCCGAGUGUGAGCGUCAACCUGGAAGAGGCGAUCGGUUGCACAAAGGACGAAAGAUGGACUCGUCUUGCCUGUUUUGCAUACGAGUGGCUUCUUCGAAGAGGCUACAUUAAUUUCGGCUGUGUCAACCCACCUGCGAUUACCAAGUCCAGUGGACGUGGUCGCAAGAAGGAGAUACCACGUGAAACAAUCGUUGUUAUUGGAGGUGGUAUGGCUGGCUUGAGUACUGCUCGUCAGCUCACCAACCUAUUCCAACACUACCCUGAUCGGGCUCUUCCCAAGAUCAUUGUUCUGGAAGGCCGCGACAGAAUAGGUGGGCGCAUAUACUCACAUCCGCUAACUAGCAUGCGGUCGACCAAGCUCUCACCUGACCAAAGACCUAUCGCUGAGAUGGGUGCCCACAUCAUCGUUGGGUUCGACCGUGGAAACCCUCUUGACGCCAUUAUUCGUGGCCAACUUGCCCUAGAUUAUCACCUCCUUCGAGACCUAUCUACCCUGUACGAUGUCGAUGGCACCCCAGUCAAUGGUGUAAAUGAUGCAAUGAUAGAAAGAUUGUACAAUGAUGUACUCGACCGAACUGGGCACUACCGAUUGAAACAUACGGUCAAGAAGACUGCACAGGGAGAAAAAGACCUGAUUGACGCAGGGCGAGAUUCUACACACGAUGACGGCCUUACUAUCAAGCAAUUCGAGGAGGCCACCGCACUUGGCACGAUCGAUCAAUUACUUCCUAACAAGAAGUCGAGACGCCGAGGUGCAGGCCAUCGAGCUGCGAAGGGCGAUAAAUCUACAGAAGAGGUAGAGACAAGCACAGAGACAAAGACGCAAUUGCCCGCUGCUCAAGCAGCAAAAGAGUUUGGGUUUCUACUUCGGAAGACAACGCAGCUGCAUGAGACACUCGAGUUGGACGAACUUGCGUCUCAACUCAAUCAGUCCCUCGGUGCGGUCAUGAACGCCGGUGUCAGCCGAUACCAACAAUAUCUCGACCUUAAGCCAUAUGCUCUUAGAUUGAUCAACUGGCAUUUUGCGAAUCUCGAAUACGCGAAUGCUGCGAAUGUUGACAAGCUGAGUCUCCGGGGCUGGGAUCAAGAUAUUGGCAACGAGUUUGAGGGUGAACAUGCACAGGUGGUGGGCGGAUACCAACAACUGCCUCGUGCACUUUGGCGUCAUCCAGAUCCCCUGGAUGUUCGAACCCACAAACCUGUCAAAAGCAUCAGAUACCCCGCUGCUGGGUCUUCUGGUAAGGCCACGGUGACCUGCGAGGAUGGUCAAUCCAUCGAGGCCGACAAAAUCGUCUUUUCUGCUCCUCUCGGAGUUCUGAAAGAACAAUCGAUUCAGUUCGAUCCACCGUUGCCACAGUGGAAGCGGGAUGCGAUUCGAAGAAUGGGCUUUGGACUCUUGAACAAGGUGGUCCUUGUUUUUGAGAAGCCUUUCUGGGAUGUAGAAAGAGACAUGUUUGGUUUGCUCCGACCACCUCGUACCGGUAAUGGCAACGACCAGAGUGACUACAAGGAGGGUCGAGGACAAUUUUACCUGUUCUGGAAUUGCAUCGAAACAAGUGGCUUGCCUGUCUUAAUUGCACUUAUGGCUGGUGAAUCAGCACAUGAAGCCGAAAAAGUCAGCGAUGAGGUUCUGGUUGGAGAAUGUAUCCAUCAACUCCGGAACGUUUUUGGUGCCAUGAAUGUGCCACCACCAGUCGAAUCGAUCGUCACACGAUGGGGUUCGGACCGAUUCGCACGAGGCACAUACUCAUUUGUUGCGGCCGAGGCAAGACCAGGUGACUACGAUCUCAUCGCAGCGCCAAUUCAAAAUCUGUUUUUCGCUGGUGAAGCAACGAUCGCCACCCAUCCAGCCACUGUCCACGGCGCAUAUCUCUCGGGUCUUCGAGCCGCCAAUGAAGUCUUUGAGUCGAUGGUAGGACCAAUUCCCAUCCCACCAACAUUGGUCCCUCCGGCUGGGCUCAAGAGAAACAGCAACUCUGCUAUUGAUUUGACUCAGAUGGACACCCACAUGGCAGUUGGUGGGAAGAGGAAAGGGGAUGAACUACUUCCUGCAGGCACCUUCACUCGACCCGUUAAGGAAAAGGACAACUCGUUGAAGGAAGCAUGGGAUGCAGCCAUGUGGGUUCGCAUCUAUGAUGACCUGGGGCCUCCGCCUGUCAAACCAACAAAAGCCAACGUCAAUGCGUUCCUUCUUUAUUCUGGCGAACAUUGGGAAGAGGUCAAGAAUCGCUUCACCGAGAACCGUAAGGUCGGAAAGAAAGGCAAAUCAUCAGAGCGUGACCAAGUCCGUGUCGAGAUGGGCAAGAUGUGGGCUGCUCUGUCCGAGGAAGAAAAGAAACCAUACACCGAUCAGACCAACAAGAAUCGGGAGGAGAAUGAAAAGGCUUGGCAAGAAUGGGCGGCCAAAGCAGCAGAAUGGGAUCGACGGACAUGGGAAGUCAAAGAUGUCUGGAUUAAAGAAGGAAACAGUUUCGAGGAAUUCUGUAGGCGGAAGCGUGAAGAAGACGAGAUCAUGAACGCUGCAGACCAGGCUAAGAGGGCCAAAAUCUAGGCACUAGGAUUGGAUAUUGGAGGGUCAGCAGUUACCAAGAUGGUGGCUUAUGUUACUAUCAGAGGGGUCAAGGGACUGGUGAUUGGAUUGUAUAUGUUAUUCCGGAGUAGUUGUGUAUGAUUGAAUUCAUGACCAUGAUCCUGG